AGCAGGUUUAAGCAGUUGAUGGGGGCUCCCGAGCCUCCCCCUGCUCAAGCCGCUACCCCACCUUCUACCCCGGCGCCACCCGCUAAGGAAGAGAAGCCCCCUGAAAAGAAGGAUGAAAAAGAGCAGCCAAAAAAAGAGGGUGAAAUGAGCAAAGAUGAAAAGAAAGAAGAGGAAAAGAAAGAUGAUGAAAAGAAAGAGGAGGACAAAAAAGAGGAAAAGAAAGAAGAAGUGAAGAAAGAAGAAGAGCCCAAGAAGGAAGAGCCAGCUCCUGCCCCAGCUCCUGCCCCAGCUCCAGCUCCUGCUGCUGCUCCUGAAAAUCCAGAGGGGGCUGAUGGUGAAGAAGCCCCACCUCCUCCUGUUGUCUACUUUCGUUACACAGAUGACACACUCAGAAAGUUCGCCAAGAGGUUAAAAGAGCGGACGGAGGAGCUCAGAGAGAAAGCCAUUGACCCGUACGCCACGUCACCAGAAAUCACCCCACCUGUCACACCUAUCCUGAGGAAGGAGGACUACAUCAGGAAGAAGGAAGAGGAGCGAAUUGCAAAAGAAGAGGUGGAUAAGAAGAAGGCAGAAGAAGCGGCCAAAAAGGCAGAGGAGAAGAAGAAAAAGGAUGAGGAGAAAAGGCUGGAGGCCGAGAAGAAGGCGGAGGAGGAGAGGCUGGCAGAGGAGGCCAGGAAGAAAGCAAAGAUUCUCCCGGACAUCAACUUCGCCUUCAUUGACGUGCUCCUGCGUCCAGUUGAGAGCAAGAUGGACAGGGUCCUGGGAAACACGCUAGAUCCUUUAGAUUAUCGGUAUAUAACCUGGUUGGCCGUGGUAGCGUUGGGCUACAACUACAAUGUUUGGUUUUGCACCGCCCGGCUGGCCUUCCCUUACCAUAAUGAAGUUAUCAACCCCUACUGGGCAGCUUUCGACAUUCUUAGUGACAUAGUGAAUGUUAUUGACAUCAUAAUCUGGCAGCCCCGGCUGCAGUUUGUCAAAGGUGGAGACAUUAUUAAAGAAAGAACUCUCACUAAGGUACAUUAUCGGAAAUCAGCACGAUUUAAGACUGACAUAAUCAGCAUCCUUCCCUUUGACCUUCUCUGCCUGCACUUUGAAUUCUCCUCCAUCUACAGACUCAACCGCUUUAUCAGGAUUGAGUCCUUCUUUGAGUUCAGCGAUCGGCUCGAGAACGUCAUGGCCAAGGCCUACAUCUGGAGAGUGGCUCGCACCACAGGUUACCUGCUCUUCAUGCUCCAUCUCAAUGCCUGUGUAUAUUUUGUUGCCUCAGUAUACCAGGGUCUUGCAACAACUACAUGGGUGUAUGACGGAAAGGGCUCAGCGUACCUGCGUUGUUACUACUAUGCAGUCCGCAGUCUGAUCAACAUCGGGGGUCUUCCAGAGCCUGUAACCACCUUUGAGAUUACCUUUCAGAUGUUAAACUUUUUCAUUGGCGUCUUUGUGUUCUCCAGUUUGAUUGGACAGAUGAGAGAUGUCAUAGGAGCAGCAACGGCAGGUGAGACAUAUUUUCGGGCAUCAAUGGAUGGCUGUGUUGCCUACAUGAAUACCAAUUCGAUCCCCAAGUCGGUCCAAAACAGAGUGCGGACCUGGUACAACUACACCUGGGCCGCUCAGGGCAUGCUGGAUGAGUCCGAGCUGCUGGAUAAGAUGCCUCUGGUGAUGAAAACCGCCAUCGCUGUGGACAUCAACCUGAGCACCUUUCAGAAGAUCGCACUGUUCCAGGGCUGUGACCAGCAGAUGUUGGUGGACAUGUUACUGAGGCUCAAGUCUAUCAUCUAUCUACCUGGAGACUUUGUCGUCAAGAAAGGCGACAUCGGUAAGGAGAUGUACAUCAUCAAAGGUGGAGCGGUGCAGGUGGUGGGAGGACCUGACAACAGCAUUGUGUUUGUCACACUGAAGGCUGGCUUGUGUGUUUGGAGAAAUCAGCUUACUACAGUCUGCCAAAGAUGGAGGAAACAGGCGCACUGCUAACGUGAAAGCGCACGGCUUCGCUAAUCUUUUUGUCCUGGAGAAGAAGGACUUGUUUGAUAUCCUUGUACACUACCCAGAGUCUCAGAAAGUUCUGGCCAGAAAGGGAAAGAAACUGACCAAAGCCAAAGGCCCUCCAGGUGCUAAAGCCCAGGAAGAGAAGCCGAAAGGUAUGGCGCUGUUUGGACCAAAACCACCAACACCCAAGUUACUCAAAGCGUUUGCCAAUUUACGCAAAGCCAAGAAAAAUGCAGGAUAG